GCAUUUACCUAUAAAUCAAGUCUUAUAAUCCAUAUGAGACUUCAUACUGGAGAAAAGCCAUUCACAUGCAAGGAAUGUGGGAAAGCAUUUACCUAUAAAUCAAGUCUUAUAAUCCAUAUGAGACUUCAUACUGGAGAAAAGUCAUUCACGUGCAAGGAAUGUGGGAAAGCAUUUACCCAGAAAUCAGGUCUUAUAAUCCAUAUGAGACUUCAUACUGGAGAAAAGCCGUUCAUGUGCAAGGAAUGUGGGAAAGCAUUUACCCAGAAAUCAGGUCUUAUAAUCCAUAUGAGACUUCAUACUGGAGAAAAGCCGUUCAUGUGCAAGGAAUGGAAAGCAUUUACCCAGAAAUCAGGUCUUAUAAUCCAUAUGAGACUUCAUACUGGAGAGAAGCCGUUCAUGUGCAAGGAAUGUGGGAAAGCAUUUACCCAGAAAUCAGAUCUGAUAAUCCAUAUGAGACUUCAUACUGGAGAGAAGCCAUUCAUGUGCGAGGAUUGUGGUAAAGCAUUUUCCAAUAAACGAGAUCUUGCAGUUCAUAUGAGAAUCCAUACUGGAGAAAAGCCAUUCACAUGCAAGGAAUGUGGGAAAGCAUUUACCCAUAAAUCAAGUCUUAUAAUACAUAUGAGACUACAUACUGGUGAGAAGCCAUUCAUAUGCAAGGAUUGUGGGAAAGCAUUUUCCCAGAAAUCAGGUCUUCUAUUCCAUAUGAGACUUCAUACUGGAGAGAAGCCGUUCAUGUGCGAGGUUUGUGGAAAAGCAUUUUCCGAUAAACGAGAUCUUGCAGUUCAUAUGAGAAUCCAUACUGGAGAAAAGCCAUUCACAUGCAAGGAUUGUGGGAAAGUAAUUUCCCAGAAAUCAGGUCCUAAAGUUCAUAUGAGACUCCAUACUGAAGAAAAUCCAUUCAAGUGCAAGGAAUGUGGGAAAGCAUUUUCCCAGAAAUCAGGUCUUAUAAUCCACAUGAGACUCCAUACUGGAGAGAAGCCAUUCAUGUGCAAGGAAUGUGGGAAAGCAUUUUCCCAGAAAUCAGGUCUUAUAAUCCAUAUGAGACUUCAUACUGGAGAGAAGCCGUUCAUGUGCGAGGUUUGUGGAAAAGCAUUUUCCGAUAAACGAGAUCUUGCAGUUCAUAUGAGAAUCCAUACUGGAGAAAAGCCAUUCACAUGCAAGGAAUGUGGGAAAGCAUUUACCCAUAAAUCAAGUCUUAUAAUCCAUAUGAGACUACAUACUGGAGAGAAGCCAUUCAUGUGUAAGGAUUGUGGGAAAGCAUUUACCCAGAAACCAGGUCUUAUAAUACAUAUGAGAUUACAUACUGGAGAGAAGCCAUUCAUGUGCAAGGAUUGUGGGAAAGCAUUUACCCAUAAAUCAAGUCUUAUAAUACAUAUGAGAUUACAUACUGGAGAGAAGCCAUUCAUGUGUAAGGAUUGUGGGAAAGCAUUUACCCAGAAAUCAGGUCUUAUAAUACAUAUGAGAUUACAUACUGGAGAGAAGCCAUUCAUGUGCAAGGAUUGUGGGAAAGCAUUUACCCAGAAAUCAGGUCUUACAAGUUCAUAUGAGAAUCCAUACUGAAGAAAAGCCAUUCAUGUGCAAGUAAUGUGUGAAAGCAUUUUCCAAGAAACAACAUCUUACAGCUCAUAUGAGAAUCCAUACUGGGGAAGCCUUAGACCCCAGGUUGGGGCCCAUCGCACCCCUGAUAUAAACUGAAAAGUAAGAAUAACGUAAACCAGAGAGAAAAGCCAUUCAUGUAUAAGGAAUGUGAGAAAACAUUUUCCUCAGCAAUUACAGUUCAUAAUAAUGAACAAAGAUGUUGGAAAGGAUAAAACGGUCCCCUCAACUCAUUUUUGCACCAGGCAGGUUGUUGAUGGUGGUGGUGGAACUUCUGCCACUCAGCAGGGAUUCCCACUAGACCAGCUCAGUCCUGGUCCUGGUCCAACAACCAUCAAGACGAGGGACCAAAAGAAACCAAAGGCAAUAUCAGUCUGUUAAGUAUUUCCUUGAGGAGAAGAAAAUCCUCCUGUUCAGCUUCACCUACUCAAGGUAUGAGGGGUGGGGGCAGAUGUAAGAAUCUAGUAUUCGAGGAAAAAUAAAGGAAGCAGAUUUACCAGCUGAAAAGGUUGCAGCCACUACAACAAGACUUUUAAGAUCAAUAUUCUCACAGAUUCCUAAAUAUCUCCCAGAAAAAGAAAUAGAAAAGAUAAAAAAAAGAAGCCAAGUCAAAAGCAAAGAGUGACUCUGAUAAAAAAGAAGCAGGUGAACAACAGGAUUAUAGAAGAAGUAUUUGGAGCAGGGAAGAAGAAUGGGUAUUAGUAUGGGCAAUGGAGUAUGCCAACGAAAAGUUCACAAGACAAAGAGAAAGAUGUAAUGAAUGGCAGAGAAUGUUCCAUCAACACUGCUCAAAUAAAAUUGGGCAUACCAGGAGCAAAGCUGACUCGCAGAAAUCCAAUUGCCUCACCCAAAAGCAUUUCACAGAAGAGGAAAUUGAAAAGUUGAGGGAGGAAGUUAAGAUCAUGGUAGAAAAACAAGAAAUGCACCAUUGAAGAGCCUUUGGGACUGCCAAGGGAUAACAUUGCAGUAACUACAGAUAAAGUCCAGCAAAGAUCAAUAUCGCUGAUGCCUCAGAGCACCACAACCCCAAGGCAAACAAGACAUGAUUGGAAACGCCAGGAUAGACAAGUGAGGACGACAACACCAGAACAUUCAGGCUCCCCUCUUCAAGGUCGAGUAUGGGCACAGAAGAUCUAGGCAGCCCUGAGAGACGAAAUGGAAACCACAUUCCAGCCAGGUGACCAAGUAACAUCCAAACAGAGCUUGACCCAGAACAGCGGGAGCUGGAAGAGGAACUAGCUAAUAAAAUUUAAGAGACUAAAGGAAUACCAAUGGAAGACUGCCCCAAGCUUAUCAAACUUAAAGAAAGUAAAGACUCAGAGCAUGGGUGAAAAGAGUCAACAUUGUUCUUGCUAGAAUGGUCCUAGCAGGGUUAAGUCUGACCGAAGCUAAUCAUAUCAACUAUGGUGCAAUGUGGUACAUACAAAGUAAGAUCAUACCAGAUUAUAAAGAAAAGAGAGGAAUCCACCCCAAGAAAAGAAAUGUAGAGCCAGCAUGGAAAAAGAAACAACAAGAUAAAAUAAAUCAAUCAAGUGCAGAGGUCUCCCAAAUGACCAACUAUAGGAGAGACCAAAAUCACUCACAAAAUCUGCUCACGAAAACAAGGAAAAUAAUGAACAAAAAAUACAGUAUAGGGGAUGAACAAAUGAAUGGAAACUGGCAGAACACCAAGCCAAUGUAAAGGCCCUAGCUGUACAAAUAAGGAACAAACAAACAGAAGAUAAAAGCAAAACAGAUAAAUAGGUAGUAUUGUGAAAAUCACAAGAUUGUGUAUGAACACACACACACACACACACACACACACCAACAUAUAUA